CCACAGGUGAACACCAUGCAGCUGGCGACACUGACGGCCACUCUCCUCACCCUGAUGGCGGCGGCGGCUGCACAAGACGAAGGGUCAGGCCUGGCCGUGGCUCAGGCCAAGCGGGCGGGCUGGUCCUCCAUGCGUGGCGCCUGGGGAAAGAGAGACGACAGCUCCGACCAAGGCCUUCAGGUUUCUGAAGACAAGAGAAACAACAACUGGAGGAAAUGCCAGGGAUCGUGGGGCAAGAGAGGAGAGGAGAUCCAGGACGCCGAGGAGAAGAGAGGUAAUUGGAACAAGUUUCAAGGCUCCUGGGGCAAACGUGCAGACGACAUGACCGAAGAAGCGGCGCUGCAGGCCGCUGAGGACAAGAGGGCAGGCUGGAACAAGUUUCAAGGAUCGUGGGGCAAGCGAGGAGACGAGGUUGCUUCUGAGGAUGACUUGCAGGACGCCGAGGACAAAAGGACAUCCUGGGGCAAGUUUCAGGGCUCAUGGGGCAAGAGGCAAGACGACCUAAUCCAACUUCAGGACUUGGAAGACAAGCGCAACAACUGGAGCAAAUUCCAAGGCUCAUGGGGCAAGAGGGCUGGGUGGAGCAGCCUCCAGGGCGCGUGGGGCAAGCGAGCCUGGAGCAACUUGCAAGGGGCGUGGGGAAAGCGCUCUCCCAACGACAGCGAAGACAUUGAGGACGAGGCGCUAGAGGAGGAGGAGCUGCAGGUGUCCCCGGAAGCCUUGGCCAGGAUGGUCGCCGCCUCCCCAGUCAAGCGCGGGUGGGCACUGUGGGGAAAGAGGCCGGACUACCCGGCGGUGUCACCUCGCUCUACCAACUGGUCCAGCCUCAGAGGCACGUGGGGCAAGCGCAGUGGGGAUUGGAGCAGCCUUCGGGGCGCCUGGGGCAAGCGAGUCCCCAACGACUGGGCUCACUUUCGGGGCUCCUGGGGCAAAAGGUCUCCAGACACACUGAUAGCUUAAACAUCAUCGCCACAACCGCCACGUGGUCCCGCCUCCUCACCACCUGGGUCGCCGCCCCCUCCCCACCAGGCGCGGCGGCGGCUUCGCGGGGCCACCAGGCAGCGUCUCCUCUUCUGCGAGCAACACUUGACUCUCUGCCGUUAUGAGCGCUAGCAAAAAAUAUAUUCAAGGAGACUCCAUCUUAGCAAUCCAGCUUGUGUUGUUUAAUUUGACCUCCAGCAAAGUCUUCGCUCGUGAGCCCAGUGAAUGCAGUGAAUGGGCUCGCCAUAUAUAUGAUAUACGUACUACAUGAAGUGGAUGGCGUCUUGUGGACCUUCCCGAAGCGACUGUUUGUGCUGUGGUUCUUCAUCUUCGACCCUGACUGGCGGCUGCCGAGGUGUGGCGGCGCCGCUCCUCCCACUGGAUAUCAACCCUUAUGUUAAUAGUACAGAGGGACACCCGUGGAAUACUCACUUGUGUAGCCUGAUGUCAUGAUGCUGUAAAUUUAGAGAGAAAAUCCGAGAUGAUAUUUUUGAUGUGCUUUAGGGUGAUGGCAGCUGGCGGAGGGAGACUGUCAACCUCCUCCUCACCCUCCCCCGCGGCCUCACGCUGGCCUGGGUGGGCAUAUCUGUCCCUCAGCGCCGGGGUGUUGUGGUGGUCAUGCUGUUUACCUGUGUGUGCGUGCGCGUGUGUGUGUAUCUGUGUAGGUGCGUGUCUACCAAAUAUCCAUCAAUAAACUGCUGCACAAAUGUA